AUGCGUCUACUUUUUCAAGCGGUGCACGUCGUUAAUUACUGUUUGUUAAACUUUUGUGGCACUUGGCAGUAUGGCGUAAAAACCAAGACAGUCCUGGAGGCCAGAAUGAAAGCAGUGAACAUGACGGAGUUGAAAAAUUCAAAUUACAACAUUGUGCUCAGACCGUCGCCUUCUCGAGCCAUCAUUUCGGACACACGCUCUGGUGUCAUGCACAGUAAUCCACCUUCUCCAUGGACUACGGAAUUGAACUACAGCGUUUCUGCCGUGGCUCAGCCCUCUCCAACCUCCGCUGAACGUACCAACUUUUCAAAACCCAUCAAAAAUCCCACUACCUUGGACGAACAGGUAAUAUAG